AUGCCCGACAACGAUCCCUCUGACAACGUCUUCAUCCGCUUCAAGCAAAAGGUCGAUGGCCACAUCGCAUCCGCUUUCCAGAGUGUUCUCGGCAUACCAACCGUCGUCACUCACAAUCUCAAAGGCCACUGGCCCGAGCCUCCCCGAUCCCUCGACGAUGACCGCAGGACCCCCGAGGAUGGCACCGUCCAGCCGCGCACGCCGUCCUCCCAGUUCCCCCAGCCAACCGUCUUUGAACUCUUCUCCGCCAUGUCUCCCAUGCAGGCUCUCUUCAGGGCCGAAGAGUUCACCGAAUCCCUCUACCAGGCUAUGUGGAUCUCGUUCCUCAUAGAGUCUCCUUACUCGCCACUCGCCCUCCGCGACAUGCCGCAGCCGACACCACAGGAUCUUCCUGCGGAUGCUGAUUCGUCUCUCUUCGGUUUCGAGGACGCCUUCGAGGACCUUCUCAUGGUUAGCAGCGGCCAGGGGUUGCCAGAUAUUCACGAACGGCACCGCGUGAAGAGGGAAUGGAGGGAGCAGUUCCCCAAGGGACUUCCACCUAUUCUGUGGCUUCACCAACUCACCCGUCAGGGUCUCUGGGACGGCUGGGCACCCAGGCCAGGCGUGCUCGAAGGAGCCAUCAGCGAGAGAUGGCAGCGCUGGCUGCAGGAGCAAGACGACCCGUUCCACGAACGAAGGGCUCUGCCCGCCCCAGGACACACCUCUCCAAAGGCACCGGACGCCAGAGAGCCUGACGUAAAGAAGGACGAGGGGGUUACGAGGAACGAACCUCGACAGGCGAUGCAAAAUCGUCCUGAAGAGGAAAACAGAGAGACGGAGGAAGAUUCCUAUUUUUCAGUAACGGGCAAAGCCCGCUUCAGCGGUUCGCGACAGACGGACACCGGCAAAACUCAUUCUUCCACGAGGGAUCUUUCGCCACAAGGCCUCCCCUCGGGCUGGAGAGUAGUAGAAAACGUACAGGAGCGCAACGACGGAAACGGAAACAUAAGCGUCACCAAGACAGUGACGACCUUCAACGAAAAGGGGGAGGAGGUUGGCAAACAGACCGAGAGACGAUCCGACUACACAUGGUCGGCAAGCUUCUCGACUGGCGGCGGCAGCAACAAAAAGGACCAACAACGACAAGAGAAUGACACGGACGAAAAGAGCAGCUGGUUCUGGAAAUGA